CUGUCGUCUGUCAUAAAUGAAUGAAAACAGCUGUAUUCGUAAUAAUACAGUGUUUACUCCCGGUUUUUUAAUUUUUCAUACGCAGAAAAUAAGGGACUGAUCGAUUGAGAGAUUAUGGCCAUGUCAUACGAUGACGAGGAGUUUUGGAACAGUUCGGAAAAACGGGCUUUUUCCUUUGAAAGCAAUGAGACUGACAAUUUGUUUGGAGUAUCCAAAAUUGGUACUGCUGAGCUGAGAGCUGGUAUUUCCAAUAUUCAUAUUACAGAUAGCAGUCUAAGAUAUGAUGAACCAGAAUCAACUACAAAGCCUCUUUUGUCAAUAAUAUCAGAUAAUACACUGGCUAAAAUAAUUGAAGCUGAUAAGUUAAAAUUCCAACAGGACAAUUCAGGUAACAUAAAACCAGAAGAUACAUUAAAGAAAAUUUUGGUUGGUCAACCAUACUCUUUUGAACAGUAUAAGUCACUUGCCAGUAAAACUGCUCUACUUGAUGCUGCUAUCAAAAGUGGCAAUGGAAAUGCUAUUUUGGGAAUUACUCUAUUUAUUAAAAAGACGUUAAAAAGAAAUCUAGUUCAGAAAUUAUUAAUAGAUCGGCCAGAAGCACUGUAUACUUAUAUUCAUUAUUUAUCAAUUAGAAUGUGCACAAGUGAAAUUUGUGAUUUACUUACUGCAAAAGGAAGUACAACGGAUGCCGCAAUUAAAUGCUUCAAUGUGGUAGUGAAAAACAUUAAUAAAUCAGAGGGAAAUUUGGAUUCAUUACUAUCUAAGAUCACAAAAAACUACAAUAUGUUAUUUUCCAACUUUCCAGAUUGCAGAGAAGCUGCUUUUGUACAAUCAUAUGUUAAGCUUUUAGAAUGGCAAAAAAAUUCAUCUAAUAAAUUUAGUGAACCUAUACCCUUCAAUGCUUCUACUUUGGAAUCUUUGAGAUUAUCAUGCAAAGAUUACUGGAAUGCACCAGAAACAAACAGUUUGUCUCCUCAGUCAUUAGUUCAAAAUCAAGAUAUUUUACAGCGGCAAUACCAAAAAGUUGCAGUCUUGACUAGAGCAUCUGUUCAAGCUUGGGAUGAUAUUGAUAGUAUUCUUCAUAAAAAAAGCUUCUUUGGAGGAAAAAAAUUACAAACAAAUAUGCCUAUUGAGGAAGUAUUAAAACUUUUACAAGAUCACAGAGCUCCUUCGGGUGUCAUUGAACAAUUUUUAAGUUAUGUUGAUGGUACUAAACGAUUAGAGAUAGCAAAGAAUCUUAAAUGUCAUAAAGUAGUUAUUAAUAUUUUAGCUGCCCAAGGAGAUCGUUUCAAAUUAUUAGAAUAUAAAGCGAGUUUACCUCAAAAUUUAGAAGAAAGUUCCUACGCUGACGGCGUUCUCAAUAGUAAAAAGUUUAGGUGGAAAAACUAAAAAAGUAUGUGCCGGAAUGAUAUUUCUAAAACAUUAAGUUACUGACUUUUAUAAAUUUCUAUUUCUUAAGAAGAUAAUGUAAUUUUCAUAGUGACAUUUAUUUACAUCUAAUGCCUUGAAUUUAUAUAUUAAUUUUUCUCGAACUCAAUCACGAAGCUUUAGUUAGAAAAAGACAUAUUUUAUACAGAAUUUAAAAAAUACAA